AUGCACCUAAAAGAAGUCGACACUCUUGAGGCUAUUGUCAUUAUUGACAAUGAAUUGGACCCGCUAUCUCCCCCGGCCCCAGACACAGUGCAGAUCUCAGGAAACCUGGGAACCAUUGCUAUGGGUUCGCUCCAUAAGGUGACAGAUCGGGGAGAAGCCUGUGGGGAACUCUGGCUAGAAGACGUGUGCUGUGCAGCGCAUGGGCUGUCUAUUCUUGUGACAGCCACCAAAGGUGACGAGAAACAUGCUAUUCUCUUCGAUGCUGGUCCUGAAGAGAAGGCCUGGGAGAGAAACGUAAAACGGCUGCGGUCAGAUAUCUCAUCUGUCGAAGUGAUCCAGCUAUCACACUGGCAUCGAGAUCACUCAGGUGGUCUUCUACGAGCAAUUCGCAUGAUAAAAGACGCCAAGCAAGCUGAAGGCCGCUCUGAGGACCUCGUCGUAGACUUGCACCCAGACCGACCAGCCUACCGAGGCAUUGCUCUACCUGAGCGCAUAAUCUCACUUGAGGCCGACCCUGAAUUCGAGGAGAUGACAGGCGCGGGCGCAGUAGUUGAUAAACAAAGCAAGCCACAUACUGUACUUGAUGACUUUUUUCUUGUCUCUGGAGAAAUUCCACGAGUGACGCCAUACGAAACAGGCCUCAAGUAUGCAGUGCGAUAUGAUCCAAAGGAAAAUGAAUGGUACUCCGACGAGCUGAUUCAAGAUGAACGUUCCCUCAUCUGCAAUCUCAAAGGCAAAGGACUCGUGAUUUUCACAGGAUGCAGCCACGCUGGUGUAGUCAACACCACAAAACACGCAUUGGAUUUGACAGGUGGGAAAUUACCUGUUCAUGCAGUGGUUGGCGGGUUCCAUCUCGCCCAGAGCGAGGCAGAUCAGAUUGAAAAGACGGUAGCCGACCUCAAACGACUCGAUCCUGCCGUGCUGAUGCCCGGUCACUGUUCGGGCUGGCGAGCAAAAUUUGCCAUUGAGAAACAUAUGCCCGGAUCAUUGGUUCCAUGCACUGUUGGGUCGAAGAUCACCUUCUGA